AUGCCCAAGCCAACCAUCCUCUACAUUGGGGAAUCCAUCAAAUACAACCAGAAAUUUUACGAGGGCGAGUUCCUCUCCAGAUUCAAUGUCAUCCGAAGCGAGGAGAAGGAUCGGGUCUGCUUCAUUGAUGCCCUGAAAACUAAGAAAUAUGGCGAUUUUUCUGCCACCCACAGACCACACUUCCAAACCGAAGGAGAAAUGGGACAAUGGGACGCCAAACUAAUUCCCCUCCUCCCACCAUCCGUUCGAAUCUUCGCCAGAGUUGGCGCAGGCUUCAACUGGGCAGACACCGACGUCCUCGGCCAGCACAAGAUCUGGUACGCCAACGGCGCAGGUGCAUCCGACGAAGAAGUCUCCGAUACAGCACUCUACAUGAUCCUCUCCAUCUUCCGCAACUUCACACGCUCGCAAUUUGCUGCUCGAACCACGGACCCCGAGAUCUUCAACGCCACCCAUAAGCUGAUACCUACGAUAAGCCAUAAUCCGAGGGGGCAUAUUUUGGGUAUUAUUGGAUUGGGGAAUAUCAGUAAGAAGUUCGCGUAUAAGGCGAGGACGGCCCUGGGAAUGGAGAUACAUUAUUUUGAUGUGGUGAGGGCGAGUGUGGAUGAGGAGCACAGGCUUGUUGCUACGGUCGCGGAUUGCAUAUCCCUCCAUACAACUCUGAAUGCAUAUAUACAAGAUCUGAUAGAUGCCAGAGCUCUUGCAUUGAUGAAGCCCGGAUCUAGGGUACUCAACACAGCACGCGGACAAGUCGUCAACGAAGAUGCUCUUGUCGCUGCGUUGAAGAGCGGGCAUAUCAGUGCCGCUGGUCUGGAUGUGCAUUACCAUGAACCGCAGGUGGCAUCAGAGCUUGCGGGGAUGGCGAAUGUUACGCUGACGACGCAUAUUGGGGGAGGUGCGCUAGAUGCGAGGAUCAAUUUUGAGCUGAAUGCUAUGAAGAAUGCCCUAGCUGUUAGACCAGAUAGGGAGUCCAUCGGUGAGCCGUUGACGCCUGUCAAUGCGAAAGCGUUUAAUGCUGCUUAA